AUGAAGCCGUUGUGGAUCGGGAGUGGGUUCGUGCAGUCGUUGGCGUAUCCGAAUUUCGUGGCGUUGAUCAGCCGGAACGUGCGAGAUGAGCGAAGAGGAAGCGUGUUGACGGUGUGGGUGAUGGCGUCGCCGGUGGGGGACAUCGUCGGUUUGUCCAUCGCGCGCGCGGUGUUGGAGCGAUACGGCGAUGAUAACUGGCCGGUGGUGAUGUUCGUCGCGGCGGCGUUCGUGGUGAUUAAUUUAGCGAUAUUCUUAGUGUUCGUGCGCGAACCGAAGGAGGACACGGUGGGGACGUCUGGCGAGGACGCGGAGUCGACGGCGCUGUUGGGAUCGAGCGAGGACGACUCGGCGAGCUUUUUCGAGAUCGCGAGACGGGUGUGGAUAGUUCCGGGCGUCGUCGACUUUUGUUGCUCCGUCAUGGCGCUCAAGGUGGUGAUCACGUCGAUGCUUUUCUGGACACCGUAUUAUGUCGACGACGUCUAUCCCACGCAGAAGAAGUACUCCAUAGUCUCCACGCAGCUCUUUGAUUUGGCCCUCAUACUCGGCAUCGGAAGCACGGCACUGAUGAAUCGGGUGUUCAAUCGAUGGAUCGCAGUGUUCUUAGUGUCCCUCGCCGUCGGUUUAGCGCCCUUGUUCGCACUACCGUACGCGCACGUCUUGGGAUGGACCGUCGCGUACAUCUUCGCGGUGGGAUUCUUCGUGGGCCCGCCCGCCGCCCUCCUCGCGAGUACGAUGAGUAGCGAUCUAGGUGAGCGCGCCGAGGCACGCACGGGUAUGCGCAGUAUUGUCGGCGUCAUCUCUGGUUUCGUCGACUCCGCAGGCGCCGUGGGAAGCGGCGUGGGUCAAAUCCUCGUCGGCGCCGUCGCUCAGUCCGGGGGAUGGCACUCCGUGUUCUCCAUGCUCUGUGUAUUCGUCGUUUUGGGCAUGCUCAGCCUCACGCGAGUUGCGAGGAUGGAACACAUCGAGCUCUCGACACGAGCGUCGAAGCGCAUAGAUCGCGAAUUGAUUUAG